UGCGCGAGGGCAGCUACUUCCUUUUGGGGGUGGUGGCGAGCGUGGACAGGGCGCCAUGAAGGCUUCGGGCACGCUGCGAGAGUACAAGGUGGUGGGGCGCUGCCUGCCCACCCCCAAAUGCCACACGCCCCCGCUCUACCGCAUGCGAAUCUUCGCCCCGAAUCAUGUCGUCGCCAAGUCCCGCUUCUGGUACUUUGUGUCUCAGCUGAAGAAGAUGAAGAAAUCUUCAGGGGAGAUUGUCUACUGCGGACAGGUGUUCGAGAAAUCCCCGCUGCGGGUGAAGAACUUCGGCAUCUGGCUGCGCUAUGACUCCCGCAGCGGCACCCACAACAUGUACCGCGAGUACCGGGACCUGACCACCGCAGGCGCCGUCACCCAGUGCUACCGAGACAUGGGCGCCCGGCACCGCGCCCGGGCCCACUCCAUCCAGGUGAUGAAAGUGGAGGAGAUCGCAGCCAGCAAGUGCCGCCGACCAGCCGUCAAGCAGUUCCACGACUCCAAGAUCAAGUUCCCGCUGCCCCACCGGGUCCUGCGUCGCCAGCACAAGCCCCGCUUCACCACUAAGAGGCCCAACACCUUUUUCUAGUUGGGUCUCCUCGGGUCUGGUCAAAUAAACUCCUUGGAAGCCUG